GCUCGACUAUUUGGCGGUUUAAAUGUUUCCCGUUUUUUUUUUCCCCCUCCUUCUUCGUUUUUCUGCCAGCACAUUAAGAAAGGCUCUCAUGUUAAAUUAAGUCAAUUAAUAAAUGGAGACACAUUAAGCAAUCAAUUUUGUCAGCCUAUCUCCCCAGCCUUAUGUAUGGCUGGCUGUAAUCACAAGAUAAAUGCAAUGUGCUGAUCUAUGGUAAUGUUCAAUAAUCCAUUCUCCGCCAGGCUCAAUUCAUCAGGGAGUUUCGGCCGGGGAGGCAUUUGUUAUUGGCUGUCUCUGCACCUCAAGGAUAACAUUUCUGUCCUUUUGAUUGGCCACGUCACUGCUGCAAGAUUCUAACCAUCUGAUUUUGAUGAUGAAUAUGAAGGCAUGCUAAGCCUGGCUGGAGUGGAGGGUCUGCCAAGGACCCACAGCUGCUUCCUCCUCUGCUGCCUUCCUGCCACAUCGCUUUCCUCCCCCCAAAGUUGUGAUGCUUUUCUUCACCCAGUGCUUUGGGGCUGUGUUAGAUCUCAUCCACCUCCGUUUUCAACAUUAUAAGGCAAAACGGGUCUUCUCUGCCGCUGCCGGGCAACUUGUCUGCGUUGUAAAUCCCACAUGCAACCCAAAGUAUGUGCCCAGCCGACAAAGCGCUCCUGAGCCGGGAGGCUUCCCCACUGCCCAUCUCACCCCCCACCACCACCGCCUCCAUCGCUCCCACGCCCACCCCCACACCCGCGCCACCCACCUCUACCCCCAGGAGGGGCUGCAUGCCGCCAGGGUAACACCCUGCCUGUGCCCACUGUUCUCCUGCCCAUGGGAGGGCCACCUGGAGGUGGUGGCACCACACCUGAGGCAGACACACCGUGUGGACAUCCUGCAGGGCACGGAGAUGGUCUUCCUGGCAGCUGACACGCACCUGCCCGCCCCGGCAGACUGGACGCUGCUGCACUCCUGCCUGGGUCACCACUUCCUGCUGCUGUUGCGCAAGCAGGAGCGCCUGGCCGGCCACCCCCAGUUCUUCGCCACCAUGCUGCUGCUAGGGACCCCCACGCAGGCCGAUGGCUUCACCUACCGCCUGGAGCUCAGCAGGAACCAGCGGCGGCUCAAGUGGGAGGCCACUCCGCGCUCGGUGCUAGAAGGUGCGGAUGCGGUGCUGGCGGGUGGGGACUGCCUGGUACUCAGCACCUCGCUGGCCCAGCUCUUCUCUGACAACGGCAGCCUGGCCAUCGGCAUUGCCAUCACUGCUGCCGACAUCUGCCAGGCCUCUGUGGCCCAGACCUGAAGUUGAGGGGUGUGCAUACGCCUGGCCACCACCUGCUGGGGUGCUGGGCUGUGGAUUCUGCUGGGCUGUGGGUUCUGCUGGGCUGUGGGUUCUGCUGGCCUCUCCUUCCCGCCUCUUGUCCCUUCUUGUCUCAACAUCUCAGGAGUUCUGUGCUUUCCUGGUGUUAUUUCAUAGAAUGUUCUUGACCGGGUCACAGUGGUUCUGCACCCCUACCCAGAAACCCCUUAUUGCUGCUUCCCAGAGGAGCCACUGAGCCCACAAAACCAAUGGCUGGAGAUGGAAGGGACAGAUAGGGGCCAAACAGUGGUCCCACAGGGCUGGGAACACAGCAGGCUGGGGAAGAGGCCCAGCAACCCCAAGAGCUGGUUCAGAAUAAGCAGAUACAGGCUGACACCUUCCAGGCCACAGGCCAGAGCUAGCAACCAGAGGUGGGAAGAAGGCAUGGGGUGCUGUGGGCAGUGCUCCGGGACACCCUAGAUUUGGGCGUGGGCACAGCCCUCUGCCCUUCUGACUCUCGGCCUGCACCACAUCUUCUUGCCCUGGGGCCCUCAUCCAGGGUGCCUUCUGGAGAAGGCCCUGCUGUCCAUCCCUACAGGGACAGGACUGACAUGAAGGGCAGCCAACAACUGUGGCUGGGACCAGAAUGGCAGCCUGGUUCUCAAAGGCCUCCCUUGUUUGAGUUCGUGGUUUAUCCCCACUGCCUUCCUCAAUGGACUAAACAAACAAGAGAUUUCAAGGCAUCAGAAGGUCCCCUCAGAUCACACAGCAAGCAGAUGGAAUGAUGCCUAGAUCCCAUUCAGUCACUCAAACCAGCAACUUGUGUUUGUUUGGCUUUUGCCUCCAAGGUUAUCGCUGGGGCUCUGUGCCUGCAGGAGGAAUCUACCACCCCCAGAGACCAUGUUCCCAUCCCCAUCUUUUUUCUUUCCUUUUAUUUCAUAGGACAGAGAUAAAUUGAGACGGCAUAAAUAGAGUAGAGAUAAAGAGAUACCUGCAGCACUGCCUCACCUCUCGUGAAGCUUCCCCCUGCAGUUGGGAGACUGGGGGGUUUGAAUGUGGGCCCUUGCCCAUGGUAACACAUACACUCAACUAGGUGUGCGACCAUGUAGUAUUUCUAACAAAAGACUGACCCCAAACAGUCAACAACAUACCCACUUCAUCAGUGAGCUUUAGAGUGAGAGACAGAGGGAGAGACAUGGGCUGGGUGGUGGCGCACCUGGUUGAGCGCACACGUUACGGAGGGAGAGACAAAAAUAAGAGACACCACAACACUGCUCCUGAAACUUCCCCAUUGCAUCGUGCUCCCAUGUGGUGGUUGGGGACUUGAACCCAGGUCUUCACAUAUAGUAAAAUGUACACUCCACUAGGUGAGCUGUCUCCCACUCCCUGUGGUGAGAUUACUUUUUUUUUAAUAUUUAUUUUCCCUUUUUGUUGCCCUUGUUGUUGUUUUUUUGUUGUAGUUAUUAUUGUUGUUAUUGAUGUCAUCAUUGUUGGAUAGGACAGAGAGAACUGAAGAGAGGAGGGGAAGACAGAGGGGGGAGAGAAAGAUAGACACCCACAGACCUGCUUCACCGCUUGUGAAGCAACUCCCCUGCAGGUGGGAAGCUGGGGGCUCGAACCAGGAUUCUUAUGCUGGUCCUUGCACUUUGUGCCACGUGUGCUAAACCCACUGCACUACCGCCAAACUCCUGAGAUUACUUUUUAAGGCGGUGUGAGGGCUAUUUCUGCCCCCUAAGGCUGAGCCUACAUGAACAGUCAAAUCUGCAAAGGAUGCCAGGCCAUUAAACCAGAUUGUCUCUUAACAGCUCCUGUGUGACUGAAUGCGAGCCUGGGGUACAUUCAGUCUCUACCUACAGCUAUUGUGCGUUUUAGGAAUGGGCCCAAUAGGGCUAGACAGAGAACUCACUUAGAUAGUUCACUGCAUUGCCAUGUGCAAGACACAGGUUUGGGCCUGCCCAAAUCCCCUACUGCAUUGAAGGAAGUUUUGGUGCUGUGGUCUCUCUCUCUCUCUUUCUCUCUUUAAAAAAAGAAAUAAAGGUAGAAAGAAGAAUGAGAGAAGAGAGAGGAGAAUGGAUCAGGUUAAUAAGUUACAUUUCUCCUGUCUGUCAGCUAUUGAAGGUUUAUGAUGUGAGCCAGUGAUCUAAUUGCUUUGAAUGCAUUGUCUCACUUAGUCCCCACAAACCUGUUUGAGCAGAUGGUAUUACUACAGGCACGAGAACCUUGAGCUGAGUGAGGUAAAAUACUUGCUGAGGGUCACCUGGCUGCGAAAUAGCAACACUAGGUCUGGAGUCUGGCCCAGAAGCUCCAGAGUACAGGCUUCUGAUCAAGACCAUCUAGGUCCUUUCGAUCAACUCAUGGACCUAAGCUAAGAAGGACCUCAUCAUAAAAGCUGGAAUUACACAGUGACCUUGGUGUUUCAGAAGUCCAGGUGUCCUUUUUUUUUUCUCCUUCCCCACCCAGGGCAGAGUGGGCUGCCUUGUAUAUGGGACAUUCACUGUUUUUUUUUUUUUUUUUGCUAUUAUUGUUUGUUCAUGUUUAUUGCCAGGGUUAUUUCCAGGGCUUUGUGCCUGCAACAAAUCCACCACUUAUAGCAGUCAUUUUAAGUCUUCCUUUUUUCCUUUCUUUGUUUUGAUAGGACAGAGAGAAAUUGAGAGGGAAAAGGGAGAUAGGGAAGUAGACACCUGCAGCACUGCUUCACCACCUGUGAAGCUUCCCCCCAUGGGGUGGGGACCAGGGGCUUGUGCACCACUGCCUGAACUCCUGGUCAUUCCCUUGUUUUAGUGAUUCUGUAAUGAACUUUCAUAUACAGCUACAAUAAAAAAAACUAAGACUUACAUUUACAAUUGUAAGUGUGUUAAAAACAAAGGUAGCAAACAGCUGAAACUCACUAAUUAUUUCACUACUUAGAAAAAUUUCUCCACCCCUGUGAUUAUUUACAGUGCCCAUGUCCCCAUGAUGGAAACACAUCACAGUGCCCCUCCCAAAGCCAUGUGCAACGGCCUCACCACAAUAGUCUGAAGAUGA